AUGCCACAUUUUGUUGUUGUUGUUCAGUCACUCAGUCUUGCCCAACUCUUUGCAACCCCAUGGACUGUAGCACACCAGGCAUCCCUGUCUUUCACUAUCUCCCAGAAUUUGUUCAAAUACAUGUCCACUGAGUCAGUGAUGGCAUCCAACCAUCUCAUCCUCUGUUGCCCACUUCUCCUGCCCUCAAUCUUUCCCAACAUCAGGGUCUUUUCAAAUGAGUUGGCUCUUCACAUCAGGUGGCUAAAGUAUUGGAGCUUCAGCUUCAGCAUCAGUUCUUCCAAUGAAUAUUCAGGGUUGAUUUCCUUUAGAAUUGACUGA